AGGGGGAUGAUUGAUUUUGACCUUGGAAAUUGACGUCAGUGUUCAGGCGUCAAGACUUCUAGCAGGCAUUGUACACUCAAAGAAAGAGUUAAGAAUGCUGCAUCUGUUUCCUUAGAGCUUGGAGACAAAGGUACAUACAUGAAAGUGAAAAUGUUUCUUUGAAAAGCAAUUUUGUAUCAAGAGAAUGCUAUCAAGAUGUGGUAUUAUCGUGUCAUCAUGUUGCUCUUUUCGUCAAGGCUUUGAGAGACUUUGCACUGAAACAUUUGAUUUGCUUCGAAAAACUCGAUAGUGACUUGUGUAGAGAUUAUUUGCCGGCAAAAUACUCUACUUUGACUGACAUGUUCAGGAACGUCGGGCCCAAAAAGGCUGUGGGAAACAUACAUUUCAGAGGAUGGACCAGACAACCCGAAAAUAUAUGGAAUGAGGGAUAUUCGAAGCCAAUUGUGAAGGCAGAUUUGUAGGAUCUCCCGUUGGAUAAAAUAUUGCAGGAUGCCUGGAAGAAUUAGCCAGCGCACAGACCUCAGAAUACUGGGUCUGCACGCAGGCUAGGGAAAACGAGCUCACCUAAAAAUGCAGGGCUUUGGAAAAAAGGAGUUGUUUCAGAUGAAAACACAUUUGAUUUGCACAGGUCCCACAAAGAGGCUGUAAUACCUUAGCACAUGUGGGAAACAAAAGACAAUGCAAAAGUAGCCACGGCUCAAGGUGAUGGAGACGAAUAUGAACUUGAAGCAAAUGACUCUGAACUUACGAAUGAAAGCUGACCAAGAUAUAGCAAAUGAUAUAGAACAGGAGCAUAAAGCAACACUGUUUACCUUUCUGAACACAAACCCAACUCCUGCCUCCAAAGACGGCCACACAAGAGUAAAAUUUACAGCCAAUAAAAAAUGAAAGGACACUGGGCCAGAGAGUGUGAGUUCAUUUGAAGGCUGUUCAGGUUGAAGUGAAAGGGAGGCCAUUGUGUCAGAAGAUCGGGAAAUGACACAAGAGGCUUUCUGGAAUAAAAAAAUCCGAUCAGUCUUGCUGAAGCCAAAAAGAACCCAAGUGUGGCAUUGCUAUUAGAUUUACAUUGCCCUGAUGAGAAUUUCUACGUGUAUGCAACAGGAGUGUACCACUUUGUUAAGUAUAAAUUGGAGGAAAUUAUCAUGAAAGUUAACUUGUCGAUUUGAGAUGAUGGUAAAGAUUCUCUGGAUGCAAGGGAUAACCAUUUAUUGAACGCGUUCAUCCAGAAUGUUACGCGAAAAAUGGAAUGACAUUCGUUUGAAUGUGAGUGCAAAUCAACAGCAAUUUAGAAGCGCAGAUGGAAAGGUGGUCGUUGAUAUGGAGAGCCAAGAGUUGGGAAAGGAAAGGGAACUCAUCGUAGAACAGGAAGAAAGCGAGGAGUUAUUGUUUAUGAGGCCACUUAAAAGAUUUGAGCUUUGUUUUUUAACUAGAAUUUUGUUUAGAGUAGGAAGAUUCUCGUUAAUUUUCAGUCAGUUCCAAAAUUUGCACUUAAUACAGAAAUGCAUCUUUUAUAUGAAACCAAGAAAAUGACCCACCAUUGAACGUUUCUUUUCAUUUUUUCUUGAAUCAAUAAAAGCCAUUCAUAGUAAAGUUUCUCAAAGGACACUUCCUCAGUACUCGAUUUUCAAAUUUUUUGAUGAUAUGCCAUUUGAAUUCCUUUAUGAAAUGUUUCUUCUCAAUAAUACGUGGAAUACAUUUCUUUUUGACCAUUGUUUUACAGUUUGCGUGGAUCUUUUGGUAAAGCUUUUUGUUGAAUCCCCUUCUCAUAGGCAAUUGAGAGCUAUCUCAAAUUCAUAUUCUACCGUCAGGGAGCCUUUGAUUAAAACCUCUAUAAAAUCAUGCAUUUGAUUCACAAACCAGAUACUGAUAAAUACGUUUUUGCCCCCAUCUCAGAUAGUUACACCCACUUUACAAUGAAUUCAAACCCUUGUAUCCCUGCGUCCUAAGAGGUAGAAUCGUGUGCGAUUUUGUUGAUGAGCAGACAAAUUGGAAUGUAGUUUCUAUUUGCAAACCGACAUGAGGUAAGGUGUUACCUGACCAACUGAUUGAUCUAGAACGCUUCAUAGUGUUACAGGCAUUUAUUCAGGUUAUAGGUAGAGGUUGUAUAUAGCAAAAGUAGCUGGUUCAUUGGGUGGCCUACUUACACAAAAACGGCAGAGCACAACAGCAACAUUACUGGCCUAAUUUUGACAAUUGAAAGCAAGGAGGUGUGCAAAUGUCAUAAUCUUGGUAAAACCCUGAUGGCAUCAACACAAAGUGGUUUCUUUUGAUGUUGUGGUAUGAAUAAGUAAAGGAUGAUAUAAGUAAUCUAUCCUUUGAAAUUGUUAGUUAGAGCUAGUAGGUUUUAAUAGACAGUUCCCGCAUUCUACCCACAAAGCAACACAAGCUUCGCGGCGGCCAUCUUGGAGGAAUUGGGGGAAACCAGCGUGUUGAUUGUUCACUGUUGUGGUGGAAUGUGCAAGUAAUGGAGGAAUAUUUCGAGUCACUAGAUGGAGUUGCCAGGACUAGAUAUCUUGAAAAAACUGCAAAAGUGGAAAAUUUAAAUCCAUAUUCGAAAAUGGUGACUGGCUGGAGCAAAGAUUUUGAUUCGUUUCCUCCAAUAUCGUACAUUGAUAUAGUUAACAACCUCGUCCUCGGUUCAUCUCCAGAGUACUCGAUGUAGGAGAUGAAAAAUUACAAAAGCUUAGAAGCAUACGAUCGUUUUGUUGCUGGAUGGGUACGAGAAGUUGGAGUACUGGCAAAGCAAGUCGAAGACCAAAGCAGUCAAACUCCAGACAAUAUAUACAUUAUCCGAGCUAAGAAAAUGACGACACAGUGUCACAGCCAGUGAAUGCAUACCAAAAUGGAAGGCCUUUGCAAACAUCUUAUCCCAAAGCAUGUACAUACGAGUGAACUGGUAACCACCGUCUUGAUUUCCCGACGCCAAACUCUAUCCCAGGGGCGGAUCCAGACUGACUUACUCGACUUACGGAAGUCAGUCAAAAUUUGUUACUCAAAAUAAUUUUUGAUGCGGCAAAAAUGAUAGACUAUUACCCCCAAAACCCAUUCUCUCAUGUCCCAGAACGGCAAAAAUAUUUGUUUAACAAGAGGAAAUUAUGCGGUGUUGAUCCAUCUUCAUAUUCUCCAUCAAUUCAUCUCAAAUCAUCAGAUCUAUCAGACAUAAUAUCAGGAAUGAGGCAUGAGAAUGGUAGAAAAACGAUCCAUCAGUGAAUUCUCCUAUCAACAUACACUGAAGCUCAAUGCAUAAAUAACUAAAACAAAGAUGCUAGAGGCAAAACUCGCAAAAUGAUUGGUAAGUCAGUCGAAUAAAUUAGGAAUCUGCGUGGUCAUCUUUUAACAAAGCUUUUCUGCACCAGGCAAAAAUGCAUUGUUCCCGUAAGUCAGUAGAGGCGAUGUAUGAUCAAUAAGGCCAAUUAUUUUUACAGGAGUUAGUAUGAGAAUUUUUUUGGGGUCCGGACAACGUAUGGAUUUUAAGACUGACUUCCACUGACUUCCACUGACUUACCAAUCAUUUGCAGCCAAGCCAAGACAAUACCCUCCUGCCCAGCAUUUCUGCAUCUCAGUACAGCAAAUGCUUGGCAGAGGUUUUCGUAUUUGUGUCUGAGGAAUUAGCUACGUUCCGGAUACAACAUGGAUAUUUUAAAGUUAGUUGAGUCGCUAAUUGUCUCCAAUGACACAGAGAGACUUCAUAGCAUUUACGCUGAUAAUAUCAGGUCAUUUGGGAAGCAAACAUCUAUCUCUGUAUCUACUGCUCUUGGCCUUCCGAGGGACUAUGCAGCACAACAUUUUAUCCCUUGGAACAGACUGGAUAUAGCAGGAGAAAUAACUGCUUACGCAGGAAGGUAUGGUUUUAAUUUUGAAAUUGUUGUAAAACCUUGGCAAAUUAGCAACCUUGGCAAGUAGGUAAUGCUGGUAGUGGUAGAUCUUAGCUAGAUAAUAUUUUUGCCAUCCUAACGCUUUUCGGCGGGAAAUUUAAGUUUAGACAGCAGCAACAACAAAUGCAUGAUUGAGUUUGCUGCUCAAAUGGCUGAGGGUCCAUUCUCAUCUUGUGGGGCCCUUAAUUUUUUCAACAAGUUUUGAAAGCUUUGUUUUGAUAAUAAGAUCCCUAUUCCAGGGUGCAUUCCUUGUAAACCUUACGCCAAAGGUACACCAAGGCUAGGCCAGGUGUAUGCCAAGGUCCACUGCCAUAAAAAUCUAACCAAAAGACUUCGCCAACAGCCCCACCCCAUCAUAAUUCUAAGACAAGUUAUUAUCUUUAUGACGGUCACAGACAUAUCCACUCAUGCUGGUAUGGUUCGGGUCAGGAUCUAGUGUACUAGAGCAAGACCGUCAGAAGCAGGGGUGCUUGAGCCCCCAAUAAUUGUUAAACUGUGCCAGAUUUCCUUUAUAAUAGUGUACUGAAUGGAAAGCAAUACAACAGGCAGCCAACCCACCCCCAAUUUGAGUUUGGUUCAGAAGAGGUAUGCUAGUGCAUUGGUAUCACAUGGUAGGCAUCAUAUUGUUUCAGCCUGUCUAAGAAAUUAUAUUUUCAAUAGUUUACAACCCAUGGUGACAAAAUCAGUAUUAGAGUUCAUAAAAAAUUAACAGAAAAAGCUCCCUGCCCCACAGGUACAAUUUCACCAAAAUUCCAGUGUGCACCAUAUGCCAAAAGAUGCUUAUCUCACACAAAUGCCAUACCAAACAACUUAACUUCACUCCAAAGACCUUUAAAAUUUACUGCAUGGGAUGCACCCUGGUCCCCAUUCAGGAAACUGCAGCACAAGCCAUUGACCACAUUGAAGGUCAGAUUAAGUCAAAUUUUAAAAAGGUAAAAAAGUUGCAGUUUUAUCUUAACCUUACAUGCAUUCAAAAAACAAAUGGCAUUGUUAGUUAUACUAUAUGACAUAAGCCAUUUAAUGUUAUUUUUACUAGGUUCUAGUAGCAAAUUUCAUUUUGGCUUCCUGGUUGUUUAAAUUUGAUGAAGUUUCAAUUUGGGUGUAAUUUAAGCUAAACUGUUGUUUAGGGUCAAGGAGGAUGGAAACUGCAUGUACAAUGCCGGUUCUUUGGCUAUCAGUGGAAAAGAAGACAUGUCUCAUCUACUGAGAGCAUUAACAUCUGCUGAACUUUACCUCUAUUCUGAAUUCUAUGCCUCUCAUCCCAUUUUGCAACACUUCUUGCCUCUGAAAGAUUUUCUGCCCUCUUGGAAACUUUCUUUUCUCAUUCAAUUUCCCAUGAAGCAAGUGAUUUGCUUACAGGUUUUUGUAAAAUUAUGCUGAUUGUGUUAAACAUGAGGCACUCAAAAACUGUCAGGAUAGGAGGUGGAGCCCAUUUAUUUGCAUCAUGGCAUUAUCUAGUGUUCUUGGUCUGCCUAUAUUUUCCUUUUAUCCAGAAACUUGUGGUAGAAGGUAUGCUAUAAAUUUAAGCAACGCAAAAAUGUUUCCAUGAUACUGGUCAAAAUAUUGAAACCAAUCCGACUACUUUGGUCCAAAGCAGGUGGUGGUAAAAAUGACCUUAAUCCAUCCUUCAAAGCAAACCAUAUUGUUCCACUUUUCCUGGCAGAGAAGGGCUCUUUACAACCUGUAAUAUCCACUAUUGUUCCUAAAAACGAACAGUGCCCAAAAUGGAAGCAGCCAGAAAAGCAAGCCAAGAUUUCUUUUCCCAAAAAGGUUUCAAUUAAGAUGCCUUUGGAAUCAGUGAAUCCAAGAGAGAAUGAAACUGUAGAACCAAACCAACUUUCAUCAGCAUCAAAUCUUCAAAAUCUGAUUGCCAAUGUGACAGACAUUGGAUUUUUGUACCUGAAUACUGCUAGUAUGACAGAUAUGGAGAGAUAUGAAAAGAUGCUUAAUGUUAGGAAGCCAGAUCCAAAAUUUGGAUUUCCAAGCAGACAAAUUCAUGGAAAAAGCAGGAAAUUUGUAUAUUCUUGGCUCAUAAAUUACCCUUGGCUUGCAUACUCGAAGCUAUUAGAUGGUACUUUUUGUCUACCAUGUGUUCUGUUUGGGAGAAAAACUGGUCAAAAUGCAUCUAAACUGGAUAAGUUGAUGAAAAGCCCUUUGACAGAUUGGUCUUCUGCAUUAUAGAAUUAAAGAGCAUCAAAAUAAGUCAGAAAUUCAUAAAACUGCACUCGAAACGAUGAACAGGUUUAAAAAUGUCAUGGAAAGCAAAGAGAAAUUCAUAGAUCUUAUUCAAAAUGAAUCUUUAGACAAAGCUGUGCAGCAAAAUAGGUUGAAGAUAGAUCUAUUGCCAAAUGUGUUCUUCUAUUUGCAAGACAAAAUAUUCCUUUACGUGGUCACAGAGAUGAUUCACAAUACUACGAUACAAGUGAUUGUGGCAAUUUUCAAGCACUUCUAGAUUUUCGCGUUGAAAGUGGUGAUAGGAUCUUGGCAGAACAUUUCAAGACGGCUCCCCGAAAUGCAACAUUCAGAUCAAAGACUGUGCAAAAUGAACUUAUUUCUUGUAUUGCAGAAGAUGUGAACCACCAAAUAAUAAAGGAAAUCAAGGAAUGUGGUCCUUAUUCAAUUUUAGCAGAUGAAGUCACUGAUUGUUCUAAUCAGCAACAGAUGCCUUUGGUCCUACGUAAUGUUGAUGGGAAUGGAGAUAUGAAGGAACGAUUCAUGAAGUAUAUAACUUGCGACACUGGAACAAAGAUGGAGAUGCUCUGAAAACAAAGAUUUUGAAUUGUAUUACAAAUGAUUUGAAUUUGGAUAUCAUGGAUUGCAGGGGACAGUGCUAUGAUGGUGCUGGUAAUAUGGCUGGAAAGUACUCUGGUGUUGCAUCUCGAAUCCUUGAGAUUAAUGACCAAGCUCUUUUUACGCAUUGUGCUUCACACAGGCUAAAUCUUGCUGUUGCUGCUUCAUGCAAACUGCAGUGUAUUAAAAAUAUGAUGGAAUUUGUUCGGAAAAUCGCUCACUUUCUUCAUACUCCAAAACGACAACUUCUAUUGGAACUGAUGGUAAAAAAGCAUUUAAAGAACUAUUCACAUACAAAGCUUAUAAAUCCUUGCGAGACAAGAUGGAUUCUUCGCAUCGAUGCUUUGGAAAGAUUUAUGGAUAUGUACAUCCCAAUAUCAGAAGCUAUGCGAACCAUUCGUGACAACGUAGACGGAAAUUGGGACGAUUGCUCUGCUGAUGCCUUCACCUAUUUCUUUGCACUACAAAGUUUUGAAUUUAUCAUGACGCUGAUUAUUGCUAGAAUGCUCCUGUGCUAUACACGUUCAGCAACCAUUCAGCUGCAAAGUUCUCAUCUUGAUUUCAUUGAAGGGUUGAAGCAAGUUGACAUAACUAUGAAGACCUUAAGAACUGUUCGAGAUUGUAUUGAUGCUUACCAUUCCUCUUGGUUUAAUGAUGCUUUGAAAAUUGCAGAAAGAAUGAAUGCCAGUGUUGUCGCGCCACGUAGUUGUAAAAGGCAAGUUUACAGAACCAAUGCUCCAAGUAAUGAUGUGGAAUCUUAUUUUAAAAUUAAUAUCGCAAUUCCGUUUUUGGACCAUCUUCUUCAAGAGCUGUCUAAAAGAUUUUCUCCCCAAAAUCGCAUUGCAAUAAAAGGAAUUUCCAUAGUCCCUGGGAUGCUCCGAGCAGAAUACAACAACAAAAGUGGCCAAAAGCGAAACUGGAAGGAAACCUUAGAAAGUGGUAUGGAAGACGUAAACAAUGGAACAUAUGCUUCUUCUAUCACUGAUGUAUCGUUAUCUGAUGUUAGGAAAGUGGGGCAGCCAGCACUAACUAAGAAAGCACCAGCAAGCAAAACUAACAUUGAACAGAAAGCAGCCACAAUCCAACGCUGUGAUAAGCUGUGAAAAAAAAAUUUUGAGACGUUUUGCAAUCAAUAUGCCAAUGAUUUGCCUGACAUAUCCUUCAUCUCCCACGAGGUAGACAACUGGGAAUCUGCCUGGAUAGAUGUUCCUGAUGACCAGCUGCCUAAAAAUAUUUCGGACACUUUGAA